GAGGAGGUCGGCAAGCACUCGAUCAUGAAGAGGACGGGGCUCCCCGCGCGUGACAUGCGCGUGCUCGACCCCCUGCUUUCUUAUCCUUCGACGAUUCUGGGGAGAGAGAGGGCGAUCGUUAUCAAUCUCGAGCAUAUCAAGGCGAUUGUUACCGCGGCCGAGGUGCUGGUACCUAACUCGAAGGAUCCUAUGGUGGGGCCCUUUGUUCAGGAUCUGAGGGUUAGGGUUUCGAGCUCUGAUGGCGCGCAUCACCACGGUAUGGAAUCCAGUGACGUCAGUAGUGAGGCUAGGUCUAAGGCUACAUCAUCCUGGCCUUCGUUUCCCAGUCAUCAUGUCGCAGGAAGACAAGGAACAGGGAUUACCAGGCCACAUGCUACAUUCCCCAACGUACCAAGUGGUGAAAUUCCAGAAGGGAGUUCUGCUCCUGCAUCCAGUUCCCGAAAAGACGGGGCCGCCAAAGUGUUGCCCUUUGAGUUCAGAGCACUUGAAGUAUGCCUUGAAUCAGCUUGCAGGUGCCUGGAAUCUGAGACAUCAACAUUGGAGAAAGAGGCCUAUCCCGCUUUAGAUGAGUUGACUUCAAAACUCAGUACACUCAACCUUGAGCGUGUCAGACAACUAAAGAGUCGCUUGGUUGCGAUAUCUGGCCGUGUCCAAAAGGUAAGUGAUGAACUUGAGCAUCUGUUGGAUGAUGAUAUGGAUAUGGCUGAGAUGUACUUGUCAGAGAAGCUUUCUCGUCAGCUGGUUGGUGAAAGGUCAGCAAAAGUCAAUAUUGAUGGUGAGGAACUUGAGCAGGAUGAUGAUAGCUUAUUCUUUUGGAUAAAGCAGUUACCACUCAGGGAGUACGUAGAUGACACCGAGGACUACAUCAACAUCAUGCUUGAUGACAAGCAGAACCAACUGCUGCAGAUGGGAGUGAUGUUGAGCACAGCGACACUGGUACUCACCGCAGGCAUCGUGGUGGUGAGUCUAUUCGGAAUGAACAUCUCGAUCAGCCUCUACGAUGCACCUAAUAUCAAAUUCUGGCAAACUACUUUUGGUACCGUCGGAGGUUGUGUAGGUCUCUAUAUCAUUGCUAUGGGAUGGGGUAAGAAGAGUGGCUUUCUACAAUGAUGAUAGUGCGAGGAACGCUUUUAUUUAUUUAUUUAUUUCUUUAUUUAUUUAUUUGGUUAUCUGAGAUUGAGGAUGAUCUGACAACCAAAUGAAGAAACAUAAAGAAAAUAACAUUUUAUGGAAAGCAGCUUUAGACCUUGUAGAUGAUAGAUUAUGGGGAAGUUUUCAAAUGAAGCUAU